AUGACUGCCUUGCGUUUUGUCCGCUCUGUUUGGGAGUCCUUUCGGGCUAAUUCGGGGCUAGAGCCUCGUCUGCUAGACAAUCUUCGUGUGACUGCUGCCAAACCUGGGUUGGUCAACUUUGAGCUCGAUAUUAAGAAGGAGCACACGAACCGCCUGAACAUCCUCCAUGGCGGCACCAUUGCGAGCAUGGUGGACCUUGGCGGCUCCCUAGCUGUCGCUUCCCGUGGUCUGUUCGCGACCGGUGUCUCGACCGACCUGAAUGUGACGUACCUCAGCUCUGGUGGCAAAGUAGGAGACAAGAUCCUAGCGGAGGUCAGCUGUGACAAAUUUGGCAAGACCCUUGCAUACACGUCGAUUAAGUUUGCCAACACUAAGGGUGAAGUCUUCGCCAGGGGAAGCCACACCAAGUUUGUCGCUCUUGCAUGGAAAGACCCUCAAAAUAUUGUUGAGGAGAUCAAGAAGCUUGAGUCCGAGUCCUCAUCAUCUUAG